CGCGGUCGGAGCGAACGGAGCCCAUGGGAGUCUCAAAAGUUAUUAUUUUUAAUAGAGUUCUUCAUCCAGAGGAGAAGAAAUAGUGCAUAUGCAGAUUCAUAUAUAGAUUUCGCCGUCUUCAUUUUACUUCAAUUCAUCCUUCAAAUUUUAACCUAAAUAACGACCCAUUCCACAUGCACAUUCUCUGCUUCUUGAAUGGUGAAAGUGGUCGUGAAUAAAAGUAAAGUGCCUCCGUUUCGCAGACUGCGUCUUUACAAUUCUGGAUUCUAAAGAGGACCUAAGGAGAAAGCGAACAUUGUGCGAGGCAGGCAGGCAAGUGUCCAAAAAUAAGAGAAAGUUGGAAAUCAAACUGCUGAGUGGUGCAAAUUGCGGGCAAGACAGCUGCUAAUUCCACGAUUUAGGAGCAGACAAAGAAAAAUAAGAAGAGUGAUCCUGUCCAACAGCCGGUCGGUUUGUCAGGCCACAUUGGACGGAUGGAACGGCAUGAGGAAGAAAUAUGUAUAAAGGGAGCAGCAUGCAGCAGAGUUGGAGUUAGUUUGUGCCCGGAAAAAGGGAGACAGACAUGAAAAGCGGUUUCAUUUUGUUGUCUCGUGGCCGCCGUGUUGGUGUUGGUGGCAUCAUCAUCCUUCGUUCCUGUGAGAGUGACACUAUCGCAAGUGAAAGUUACUGCACGAGAAGAAGAAGCACGUUGACGACGACGACGACGGAACCAUUCAUAUCGUUGGAGAAGAAAGGAUUCACGCACAAGGAAGAAAAAGCAAAGAAGAAUCAUUAUUGGCGUUUUGGACUAACGAGAAAGUCAGAAAAAGGGUUACGAAAUGUGGCUCUUUCUAGCAGGAAUUUUGAUGGUCUACUUUCUCGGCUUUCUCAUCUACCUGUGUUACAACACGGCUCGGAAGAAGGCCAACUCACCUACCGAUGUUGAAAAUCCGUCCGCCGGAAGUACCCUAUCCGCCCUUCGAGCCGAUGGGACCGUGGUGACCACCACCCUCGCGAGAAGUAGCAGUAUAGGAAAUUGUUGUGACCAUCACCCCCAAAAUUGGCGACGACCACCACCACCCCCCUGCCGCCGGAACAGUAACCCCCCGACCAGUUUCGAUUUCGCCGUGCCAAGUUGCCUUUACUACGACGAGAUCACCCAGAGAAGCAGCGACCUUCCGCAGUCCGCUUUGACCGCGUAUCGAGGCCAACAAUUACGCCAGAUCAAGCUCGAAAUCAAUGAAUUGUCCCGCAGACUCGGGAUCGGCCAACUUUACCGGGAACGUCAACUCUAUCUCCAAUCGGAAAGUCGGAGGAGAGGCAGUUGUAGGACCACUUUCGACUACAGCCUCAUCCCACAGAGGGACGAUGUCCUGCUGCCCAUCACUCCAAAUAAUGACAUGACAUUCACAUCGUCACCAAGACGAGAAAGACGACGGCCACGACGAGCACGGCGAAGGAUCACAUUGGUACAAACGACCACGACCACGACUGGGGGACCAACUACCAUGACCAGAACGGCGGAGGACGACAUAAUGAAUGAUGACGAAGAAGAUAGAUCAUCAUCCAACUCAUCUUCUUCCUCCUCGGAGGACUCUUCAUUAGACGUCACGCUGUCAAACUCGCUCCCAUUCGCACCCAACAACUCGUGCUCUUCGCCCAUCUCAAGUAGUGGUGAUCAUCUACCCACUAACAACUCGGCUUCCUCCCCAGCAACAGGACUCGGCCUUGUGCAAACAUUUGCUCUGGGGGAACAGAGGAGUCGGUGCCGAAACGACCAAAUUUUUCACCAGAGACAACGUCGACUCAGGCUGAUUCGCAUGGAAAUUGAGGAUCUCAGAAAUUUAGUGAUGGAUCGUUCCAUCUCCGAACAUCACGCGGGAGGAUGCAGCAUCAGCUCGUCAGAUUUAGAAGGUCUAGUCUUUGACCAAGACACGGAUGAGGAUGACGACCAAGACCACGACCACCCCGGUGGUGGUGGUGGUCGGGCAGGCGGAUUAAAUUUGAAUAGGUCCUCAUUCCACUACUUGGACGAGCUUCCCAGUUACGACGAAUCCAUGAUUGCCCAAUUUGACGAGUCUCCACCACCUUCUUACGACCAAUGUACGACCACAACAACCAGGCUCAUCUCGUCGUCGACGUCGUCAUCCUUUAUCUCCUCCAGUAAUGCUACCCACCGACCGGAAGUAGGACAAGACCAACAACAACUACAACUUCCUCCUCGGACAAACUAUUCAUCCCGAGGAGUCGUGAUGAUGUACGAGGAGAAAGAUGUAAACCAGGGCGGCACCAGUCAGCACGAAGGGUGCAGAUGAUGCUGAUCCAAGAUCAGACGAACCAGAAACAUGUUGACACUUACUCAAUCCUAAGCUUGUCUUGUAUUGUAUGUAAAUAUGACACAAAAAAUUGAAAUUUUCACUUUAUAUUUAUGACGUAUAUUCGCACAUCUGCUGCAACUUAUUGCAAUCUCAAGACCAACAUAAACCAUUAUCAAGUAGAGAUACAGAGUCAAACUUUAACUUAAAAUACUCAGGGCGACGCUACAAUUUAGUGGGAGGCAAUUCACGGCAACCUUCGUACAGGGUUACAAGUGAUAUAUAUCACUGAGUGAGAUUUAGUGAGAUUUAAUGAUAUAUAUCACUCAUCUCACUUGGG